AUGCGGCAUAGUGCCGUGAUCCUAGUGACAAGGGUCGGGCCGCCGGCGACUCCUACGGGACGCACUCGCGCCUCUAGUGGAGAUGGAACUCCUAUUCCUCCCACGCCGAUACGGGUCCGAAUCACCCGUGAUUCGCCCCUCGUGCCCCAGAUUUACUUCUACAUGUCGUACUUCCGCACUACCUUAGCCAAGUUCAAGAAGGAGGUGGUAAAGGACGGCCGCAGUCUAGAGCCAUUCUCAGUGAUUUGCGAAUACGAUGGUUUUGCCUCGAAACGGUGCAAGGGCUAUGACAAGAAGAAUGCCUCUUACUACUCGUCCGAUGAGCUUAUCGGGACCGUUUCGUCUGCGAUUCUUGAGCUCUAUAGGGUUUUUAACGCUAUGGCAAAGGCGCAUCGUUCUAAGUACGGAUUGACUGAUUCUAAGAGGGACGAGAAGAACACACCCCUAGAAUAUCGUGCCGCUAUCGAACGCCUAGUUAAGAAGUCCUAA